AUGCCUGGUGUUCCUCUCGAUGCUCUUCACAACCUGAAGGCCAAGCUCAAGGCCGCCUUCACCAAGAAGUUUGAGAAGCCCGCCGAGUCCAAGCCCGCCGAGUCCAAGCCCGCCGAUUCCAAGCCUGAGGACUCCAAGCCCGCGGAUGACAAGCCUGCCGAGACCAAGCCUGAAGCAACCAAGACUGAGGAGACCAAGCCCGCAGACUCCAAGGCCGAAGAAACCAAGCCCGAGGCCAAGCCCACCGAGACUGCCCCCGCCCCUGAACCUGCGGCUGCUCCUGAUGCUGCUGCUGCUGUAGCUGCUGCCGCUUCGCCUGCUGCUCCAGAGACGGCCAAGAAGGAAGAGGCCCCAGCACCGGCUACAGCUCCUGCUAAAGCCACCGCCCCUGAGCCCACCCCAGCUGCUGCUCCCGUCACCACCGAGGCUCCCGCUGCCGCCCCCGAGGUCAAGGCCGAGGCCGCUCCCACUGCUGCUCCUACCGUUACCGAGACCCCAGCUCCUGCUGUUGCUGUGACACCCGCUGCCGCCCCGGCUCCGGAAACCGCUGAGAAGAAGGAGGAGACUCCCGCCGCUCCCGCCGCCGCCCCUGCUACAGCUGCUGCCACCCCUGCUGCUCCCGCCGCCACCUCCUAA